GGAGCCGGGAGCCGGGCGCCGCGCGCGGGGGGUGGGCGCUGCUCGCUCCGCCCCGCGAAGCCCCUGCGCGUCCGGGGCCGCGGCCGCUCCGCGCCAAGCGCGCUAGGCUUCGCCGUGUGGCCGCCGCCGCCGCUGCCGCCGCCGCCGCCGCCGCUGCUGCCAUGUCCCCGGGGAAGCCCGGGGCGGGCGGAGCGGGGACUAGGCGGACCGGCUGGCGGAGAAGGAGGCGGAGGCGGCGGCAGGAGGCGGAGACGAGGGCGCCAGGCUUCGGGCACACGGCGGGGCGCGUCCCGGGCACGUUCCAGGGCGCGCAGGGCAUGAAGCCCGCGGCGCGGGAGACGCGGACGCCACCGCGCUCGCCUGGGCUCCGCCGGGCGCUGCUGCCGCUGCUCCUGUUGCUACGCCUGGGCCAGGUCCUGUGCACAGGUGCGGCACCGACUCCUGCAUUUGACAUUGAAGCUGUUGUCAGCCCAACCAGUGUGAUGUUAACAUGGACGCACAAUGAUUCAGCUGCUUCAGAGUAUAAUUGUAGCAUAGUGGAUAAUAAGGUGGAAAAGCCACAGGUGUUUCCUGGCAAAAACCAAACAUCCUGUAACAUCACAGGCUUAAGUCCAGCUACUUCCUAUAGAGUCUUCAUCACAGCCAAUAGUACUUCGGGAGAGAUCAUAGACAAAAAUAUCACAACAGAGCCCUGGCCAGUGUCUGAUCUUCAUGUUGCCUCCAGCGGUGUAACACAGGCUCUUCUCACCUGGAGCAGUGCAAAUGGCACCGCCUCCUACCGGAUGCUUCUUGAAAGCUUCAGAAAUGAACAAGACCUGAAUCCACAUUCAUUACUCAAUAUUUCAGAUCUGAAGCCGGGGUCCUGUAAGGUCUUGCAUAUCCCAGAAUCAAAUGAGUCACGGAAUGACUUUCCAGUUGCAGAUGAUGUCUUGGAUGCUAAUGGCACGGAGAGAAACCCAGUGGACAGCCUGUCCCAACCACACAGGAGCUGUCUUGCCUCUGCAGACUCACUCUUGGCCCAGGAUCCCUCCCUCACAGAGGUCUUGCUCACUGGGCUAAAGCCUGAUACUUGGUAUAGAGCCACUGUUUAUUCUAAAGCAGCAGAUGGCACAGAAGGACAGACCGGGAACAACACAUUUAAAACAAAGCCCAUCCAGGUGUUUGACAUCAGAGCUAUGAAUGUCAGUGCCACAAGCAUGACCCUGACCUGGAAAAGCAACUGUAAUGGUUCAUCUACUUCCUACUCCUACAAGAUAGAAGUGGUUGGGAGGACUGAUUCCUUUAUCCAAACUGUCAACGAGACUGAGAUCAUCUUGCACAGACUCAGCUCGAGCACCUUGUACAACAUCACAGUUCGUCCUCUGCUGGGUCACACUGAGGGCCCGCCAGGCUUCCUCCAAGUGUAUACUUCCCCUGACCCGGUUUCUGACUUCCGAGUGACAAAUGUCAGCACGAGGGCAAUUGGUUUGGCUUGGAGCAGCAAUGACUCAGAGUCAUUUGAGAUUUUCAUCAGGCAGGAUGGAGGUGAGAGGAGUUGGAAUGAUACAACCACAGACCAGAGCUAUGUCGCUGAAGACUUAAAGCCUGGGACCAGCUAUCAUUUUGAAAUCUUUCCUCAAGGACCAAAUGGGACUAAAGGGCCGUCUGGAUCAGUUGACGGUAGAACCGACCGUAGUGCUGUGAUUGGCAUCCGUGUGGUCAAUGUCACCACCACCGCAAUGCAGCUGGAGUGGCAGAAUACUGACAGUGCUUCCGGAUACAUCUACCACUUAGUUCUGAAGUCUGAGCGUGACCACCUCAAGGAGACCAGUUCUCAGAAAUGGGCCACACUGGGGGACCUCACCCCAGGCACCUUAUAUAAUGUCACAAUCUCCCCAGAAGUGGACCAGGUCCAGGGUGACUCCAGCUCCAUUACCCAGUAUACACGGCCCAGCAGUGUGUCCCACAUUGAGGUAAAUGCCAACAGCACCGUGGCAGUCAUCCGGUGGGAGAACUCGGAUGUGGCCUCUCGUUCGUAUGUCUACUCGCUCCGUGUCUUCAAGGCUGGAGAUGACAGCAAUGUUACCACAGUGGACAGAAUCACCAGGCGCACAGACGAGAUCGUCACUGGGUUAAUCUCUGGCGUCUCUUACACAGUGGGGAUCCUUGCACGAGUGGGGAAUGAUACAGUGUCCCCGGCAACUGGUUGGAAGUCAUUCUGUAUGGAGCCUGCACCAGUGGACUUCUUCCACUGUGAAGCUGUCCCCAAGGAGCCAGCUCUGGUUCUGAAGUGGGCCUGCCCCCCUGGCAUGAACACAGGCUUCGACCUGGGGGUCAGGAGUGAUGCUUGGGGUAAUAUGACACGCCUGGAGAACUGCACUUCGGAGAACAACACAGAGUGCAGGACAGAAGUCACUUACUUGAAUUUUUCUACCUCGUACAACAUCAGCAUUGCCACCUUGUCGUGUGGAAAGAUGGCACCCCCAGCCCAGAGCACCUGUACCACUGGCAUCACAGACCCACCUCCUCCCGAUGGAUCCCCUAAUAUUACAUCUGUCAGUCACAAUUCAGUAAAGGUCAAGUUCAGUGGUUUUGAAACCAGCCAUGGACCUAUCAAAGCCUAUGCCAUCAUUCUCACUACUGGGGAAGCUGGCCAACCUUCAGCAGAUGUUUUGAAGUACACAUACGAAGAUUUCAAAAAGGGGGCCUCGGAUACAUAUGUGACAUACCUCAUACGAAUAGAAGAGAAGGGGCACUCUCAGGGUCUGUCUGAAGUCUCGAAAUACGAAAUUGACGUUGGGAACCAAUCCACCACCCUCGGCUAUUACAACGGAAGGCUGGAGCCUCUGGGCUCUUACCGGGCUUGUGUUGCUGGCUUCACCAAUAUUACCUAUAACCUUCAGAACGAUGGACUCAUCAAUGGGGAUGAGAGCUACGUGUCUUUCAGUCGGUACUCGGAAGCCGUGUUCUUGCCUCAAGAUCCAGGUGUCAUCUGUGGAGCAGUGUUUGGAUGCAUCUUUGGUGCCCUGGCCAUUGUGGCCGUGGGAGGCUUCAUCUUCUGGAGAAAGAAAAGGAAAGAUGCCAAGAAUAAUGAAGUGUCCUUUUCUCAAAUUAAACCUAAAAAAUCCAAGUUAAUCCGAGUGGAGAAUUUUGAGGCCUACUUUAAGAAACAGCAAGCCGACUCCAACUGUGGGUUUGCAGAGGAAUAUGAGGAUCUGAAGCUGAUUGGAAUAAGUCUACCCAAAUACACAGCUGAAAUAGCGGAGAACAGAGGGAAGAAUCGCUAUAACAACGUCCUGCCCUAUGAUAUUUCUCGAGUCAAACUUUCAGUGCAGACCCAUUCGACAGAUGACUACAUCAAUGCCAACUAUAUGCCUGGCUACCAUUCCAAGAAAGAUUUCAUUGCCACACAAGGACCUUUACCCAACACCUUGAAAGACUUUUGGCGGAUGGUGUGGGAGAAAAAUGUAUACGCCAUUGUUAUGUUGACCAAGUGUGUGGAACAGGGAAGGACCAAGUGUGAGGAGUACUGGCCUUCUAAGCAGGCUCAGGACUACGGGGACAUAACUGUGGCGAUGACCUCGGAAGUUGUCCUUCCCGAAUGGACCAUCAGAGAUUUCGUGGUGAAAAACAUGCAGACAAGUGAGAGCCAUCCUCUGCGGCAGUUCCACUUCACGUCCUGGCCUGACCACGGCGUUCCCGACACCACCGACCUGCUCAUCAACUUUCGCUACCUGGUCCGGGACUACAUGAAGCAGAUUCCAUCCGAAUCACCAAUCCUGGUGCACUGCAGCGCUGGGGUCGGAAGGACGGGCACUUUCAUCGCCAUCGAUCGUCUGAUCUAUCAGAUAGAGAAUGAGAACACGGUGGACGUGUACGGCACUGUCUAUGACCUUCGGAUGCACAGGCCCCUGAUGGUACAGACAGAGGACCAGUAUGUUUUCCUCAAUCAAUGUGUUUUGGAUAUUAUCAGAGCCCAGAAAGACUCAAAAGUUGAUCUCAUCUAUCAGAACACAACUGCAAUGACAAUCUAUGAAAACCUCGAGCCAGUGAGCAUGUUUGGAAAGACUAAUGGUUACAUCGCCUAGUUCCAAAGCAAACCCUUUCUGAAGUUGUCCAGAGCGUCACACCCACAGUGAAGGAAAAUGCCCUGAUGUGGACAUGUUUUUAUAUGUCUCAUUUCUCAGUUCUUUGUUCUGUUCUGUUAGAACUGCCUUGGAGGGCAUGGGGCCGUGCGUGUAAAACAUGGCAGGUCGGCAGCUGGGGCUGUCAGGGGCUAUGGACAGGUGGUAUGUCAGUCAGCUGCAUUCCUGAUUACCAAUGGGAUGGGUUCACUUUUUUUUUUUUUCCUUGAGAAUUGUGGAAAACCAGGAAAAGUGAGCAAUGAUUUUUUUUCUCUCCUAAAUAAGUUUGUUAUUUCCUCCUCCCUCCUCUCUCUCUCUCUAUCCCUCCCUCUCUCUGUUUUGCUCCCUCCCUGUCCCUCUUCUCUUUCCCCCUCCCUCUUUAUCUUUCUCUCAGUUUUUUUUUUUUAAAGACUUUUAUAUGAUUCACACGCUAAAGCCAGGAUUAUGUUGGGUUGAGUAUAUUUUAAGUAUAAGAGGUCUAUUUUUACCUACUGUAUCUUGGAAUCUGGCUGAUGGAAGUACAUGACUGUGGGUGUUUAUCGUGCGGGGAGGGGUCCGUGGAGCCUCUUCUGUGUGGGUUUCUAUUUGAACAUGUGCCUUUUCUGAAUUAUGCUUCCACAGGCAAAACUCAAUAGAUAUCUCUAUUUUUAUAUCGAAUCUCAUAAUUGGAAUAUACAGAAUAUUUAACUAGUAGCUUAGCAUCAGAGCUUCGCCUCCUCAGUAACAUUCCUGUUCCCAUUUGAUUAGAGGAGGCUUUCUCUGUGGCCCACCCUUGACAUAACAUUUGUGCUUCAUUUUUUCCCUUUCUCUCUUUCUUUCUUUCUUCUUCUUUUUUUUUUUUUCCUCUCCCAGUUUUCUCCAAAGAAUUCUGUUGGUGAGAUUUUCAUCCCAUUGGUUGGGUGAGAAUAGAAAUUCAAACUGUCACCAUGAGACUCUCUGUGGGUGGAGUUGGGAGGAGCAGAGGAAUCGUGAUGCCAUGGUGAACACCCCUCCCAUCGUCUUCUACUUUCUCUCAUUUCUGUCUCUGGUGAGAAGGAUUAUUUAAAGGUGCAAUAUUGUGACUCAGUGGUUCACAAUGCUCUGGGUUUUUAGUAAUGUUUUACUCAGGUUGGCAUUUUGUGUGUGUUUGUGUAUAUGUGUGUGUGUGUUUGUGUGUUUUUUUGUGUGUAUGUGUGUUUUAUAGCGUGGUGAUCUGUGAACAUUUCAGUGUGGACUCAGAUUAACUCCCUCUUCCCCUGAAGUCUACUGGCUUUAGUCUCUGUCUGCCGUGACACACAUCAGUAUCUACUGUAUAUAUAAAUACUAAACUCUUACACCAGUCAUUCCUAUGAAUCGAGGUGUACAAAGUUUGAUUUGUAUCAAAGAUGUAAUUAUUAUUUUUAAAACCUCUUUUCACUACACUGCUGCUGUAAUUACUUUGAUUUCUUUUUUAAAGAAAAUGUAGAUUCUUUUUUUUUUUUGGCUUAGGUGUGUAUUCACUGAAAAAUUCAGAAGUUAUGUGGAUUUAUUUUAUUGGUACAUAAUCUGUAAACUUCUCAAGGCAUUAACAUGACAAGAUUUGUGUCUUUUAUUUUAUCUUGUGGCUCAGGUUAUAUUUGAAGAAGUUUUGAGUUUAUUCUCUAGUAGGCAAUGAAGUAUAUAUAAGGUCUUAUGAAGGAAUCGCCAAGUCCCUGGAGCUCUGUGGCUGUUCACCACAGCGCUUACACCCUGCUGUAUGUUCGGGAUAAUGGUAUCCUGUUGAAGAUGAGAGCGGGGUCUUCUCCGAAGGUCCUGGCCGGUGUGGGCCCUGGGGUAGCCUGUCUUUUGACAUUCUGCACUCUACGUCACCAGCACUUCAGCGGCUGACUGGACGUGAUCACGAGUGUUUUUAAGGUUAGAGAGGGUGAACCGUGGUGAACCUCAAGGCCUUGCUGUGGCCCAGCGCCGUAGUGCUCUUCGUGUCGCGGUACUGAAAGGAUUGAAAGAAGAGGUUAUGACGCUGGUCAUGCUGUGGGGGAGAGUUUACUUCUCAGAUGGAAACUGCACUUUUUGUUAAAUCCUUUGCAUUUUGGUGUUCAUUUAGUGGCAGGCCCUUCAAGGAGCAGCCUAGCCUCCGUAGGUUGGGCCCCCCGACCCAGCUUCACUGGGGACCUUGACACUGCAGUUGCGAAUCAGGGAAGCCAUGCUGUCCUCAGGUGUGGAGUGAAGCUGAGCGUGGGCUCAUUGGUUCCAGAUCCCCUGUGCUGGCACCGCCUACCCACCUCCUCAGUUUGUUCGGAACCAUUGUGUGACAGUGGGUCCUCAGAUCCCAUGCAGCACCCAAGCGUUGCCUCCGCUGCCAUGGGAAAUUCUGAGGAAAGGACCUGCCCUUAAAAAAGGCCUGUAAAAUAUUAGAUUCCCUUAAAAAAUUAAAGCAACAUAAUCAUAAACAUUCUGUAUAAAAUUGCAAAACACAGAAGCCGCCUCUGCUUCUGCCCGUAUGGGUCUGGGAAGUCCUUGGGCGUCAGCUCCAGGAAGCCACUCUCUAUGUCAUUUCCAGUCCCAGGAGGAGGGCCAGUAACAGAGAGGUCUGGAGUUGCAAAUGGGCAGGUCCCGAGAAGGUCACCCUAUUGCACAUCCGGAAGAGGACUGGGUGGGUUUGCGUGGCACAGCCAUUGGAAAGGGAAGAGUGACAUGUCAGCAGGAAGGAUGCACAGCAGAGGCUGGGUUGGGCAGAGGUCAGGGGAAGGUCCUUCUACUGUAUGUCCAAGCCCUUGCCAGAGCUGUGAACGAACAUUGGAAGGCUCUGGUGAGACUGGAGCGAUGGGGCUCCCUGCCCAGAUGUGACGGUGAUGGGAAAGGCAGCUGGCGUGGGGCUCGCUGUCAGCGAAAGGGCUACAGUCUGGUGGCAGCUGCUUUGGAGAACUUGGGCCGUUCAUGUCUUCUCCUAAGAAGAAAGGCUUUUCCUCCAGAGCUGACUCUAGCAACAGUUGGCACCAGUAGGACAUGCGGUGUCCAUUCUCUGAGGCCGCUCUGAGAUCUCCAGCCAGACUUUGGCACAAUGGACCUGCUGGAUUUGUGCUUUUGUGGAGUUGGAGGCUCUGGGGGGGUGGGAGUGGGUAGGAUGGGGGGAAAGGGUCGACUAUGCAGCUGAUUCAUACUUGGUUUUUUGGGGGACAGAAAAGCCUGGUUUUCUUUUACAAUGCUUGAGUGUGCUUGUUGAGCUAAACAAGCCUGGUGACUGAGGGCGAUUUACCUUACAACAGAGUUGGGAUUCUGCCGCGUAGCAGCUGCCUGUUUAACGACUGUAGCUUUUCCUCCCCGGGGCAUGGUGUAGAAGUGUUGAUGUGGACUCUAAACUGUACUUUUCUUGUAACUAUUUUGGAAUGAUGCACAUUUCUAAUGUCUGUUAUACUUGUACAGAGUAAUUGCUGUUGGUUGCUUUUUUUUUUUUAAGGAAAAAUGGCCUGAAGAAACUUUUUUUUAAAGACUUACAAAUACCAAAUAUAAAAUACGUCAACACAUUA